CUAACUUGCAACUAUAUUGUUUGUUCUUCAAAUGAGUUUUGAUUUUGCAGGUUGUACCACAUUGGGCUGAUAAUAAUAAGAGGGCCGCCUUCAUGGAGUUGGUCAAGAAUUGGGUCGGCGAAAACCCCGAUUUCAAGGCCGUGAGCGACCGGAACAAGGCCAACCGUGGGAAUCAGGGAACACACACUGCGGGGAGCAGCAGCACCGAUCGCUAUUGGGAGCGUCUGGUACAUAUAAAAAUGGAACAAGCUGCAUUUUUUUGAUUUUCGAUGAUAUGCAUAACAUUUGUUUUGUGAUGCAGGGGAAGAAGCUCGGGAGGGAACUUGGUGAGAUGGAAGCGUGGACGCACAUGAAGCUGGUGACGCCCCGUCCGAACGAGCCUCGGCCCGCGCCUGAGAUGUACUACGGCAAGGCCAAAGAGAACAAGGAAAGAUACUGCGAGGAGUACGCCAAGCUCCAUCCAGAGGUGGAGGACCCUAUGACCGAGCCGGUCGACGAGGUGGCGAUGAUGCUGGCGGGGUCCGGCCAGCCGCAUGGACGUCCUGCCUGCCUUGCUGGGGGUUUCAAGCCUCAGAGGAACUUCACGCAGAUCAAGGCUACCCUCCCCUCCGGCAGCUACGCUACCUCCUCGCGGACUACAUGCCGUUCUCGGGUAGAGGUAGAUACUCAGCUCGAGGAGGCCUAUGCAGUAGCUUACGAGGAGUAUCUCGAGAAGAUUAAGGAGCAUGACCUUGUGAAAGAUGCCUAUGUCCGAGUGGACGAGCAACCGAGAUGGCGGAAAAGCUGUGCCGACGGUUACACCGUCGCGACAGCUGAGGACGUUGACGGCGCCGGCGUGAUCGGUUGGUUGGCUCUGCCGACGAUGAGGCGGCCGACGGCCACCGUCCAGCCGUCGGCGUACGACUGUGCUCGACGGUGA